AUGCAGCGCACCCUGCUAGCCCUCUCCAGGGCGGAGGUCCGCCGCCUCGAGGCCUCGUUUCCACUCUUCCUUUGCCCCGCCCUGCUCGAGUCCAUCUCUCCCCGGAAGCCUUUACCUCGGCAUUCCCGAUCCUUGACUACCACUUCCGCCCGCCGCCAGCUCGCACCGGACGCCGCAUCCGCUCCUCCGGAAGCGCCUCGUGCCCCGCCUCCUCAGCCGCAACACCUCGCGCGCGCCCUCCCGCCUUCCUGCCCGGGUUGCGGUGCGCCAACGCAGACCGUCGCGCCGGGAGAAGCUGGCUUCUACUCGGACACAAGAAACGCGGUGAAAGCCUUCUUGAAUCCCCACAAGACCACCGGCGAGAAGAAAGAGGAAGACAAGGUGUUUGAAGCGGCAUUAGGGAGCCUAGACGAAGAGGCCCGGGAGCAAUUGGGUCUGCCAGCAGAAGCAGGUCUUGCGGUCAAGGAUAAUAGCGCUCCGGCACCAAUCUGCGACCGCUGCCACAACCUCAUACACCACCAUGCUGGUGUUCCGAUCAAUCAUCCCUCAAUAACAGCCAUCGAAGCCACCAUUUCCGAGUCGCCGCACAAGUACAACCACAUAUACCAUGUCGUCGACGCCGUCGACUUUCCCAUGUCUCUGGUCCCGAACCUUACGCGCGCUUUGAGUCUGCAGCCUUUGCGCACGCAGAAUCGCCGUUCAAAGAAAUGGAAUUAUUCGAAGGGCAGGGUGGCUGAAGUCAGCUUCAUUAUCACGCGUUCCGAUCUUCUGGCGCCGAAGAAGGAGCAGGUGGAUAGUUUGAUGCCAUACCUACAAGAGGUGCUGCGAGAUGCGCUGGGAAAUACGCAAAGGAACGUGCGUCUAGGAAAUGUGCGUUGCGUUAGCUCUAAGCGCGGCUGGUGGACCAAGGAAGUCAAGGAGGCGAUUUGGGAGCGGGGCGGUGGUGGAUGGCUUGUUGGGAAAGCUAACGUCGGGAAGAGCAAUCUUUUCGAAGUUGUUUUCCCCAAGAACCGCAAUCAGCCCGUGAACUUUGCUAAAGUUCGGGAUGAGGCAAAGGAGAAAGCCCUACAAUCGGGGAUUUCUAAGACUAAUCCAGCAGCAGCAGUUGCCGCACAGGAACAGCUUUCCGAGGAACGGUCUGAAAGCCAGGACCAGCUUGCGGGAGAACAGCCCGAAAAUCAAGAGGGUCGACUUACGGAAGAACAGACUGAAAGCCGAGAGAACGCCACAGAGCAAGAGGAACCCCUCAGCGAGCCACAGGAUGACUUGAGCCAGCCAGAGCAGUCGCCACUGGGGGAAGUCCGAGAACCAAAGGAAUCUGCCGACGAGCCCCAAGACACUUUGACAGAAGCAGAUAACCCUCAACUGGAAGAAGGCCCUUUGAUAGAUGAGGACUCACUACUUCCAGCUGCCCAGCCUGAAGUACCCUUUCCACAAAUGCCAGUGAUAUCCUCUCUCCCCGGCACGACCGCCUCCCCAAUCCGGAUUCCCUUCGGCAGAGGGCGCGGCGAGCUGAUCGACCUGCCCGGCCUCGCCCGCAGCACGCUCGACACGUAUGUGAAGCCCGAGCACCGCCAAGACCUAAUCAUGGAGACGCGCAUCGUGCCCGAGCGCCUGUCCGUCAAGCCAGGGCAAUCCGUCCUCCUCGGCGGCGGCCUCAUCCGCAUUACACCCACCACCCGCGACGUCGUCUACUUGGUGCACGCAUUCGUGCCCCCCGCUAUGAAGCCGCACAUCACGUCGACGGAAAAGGCCGUCGCGAUCCAAGCCGGCACGCGCGACGCCGGCAUCCCGCGCAUCGCGCUCCCGGACGCCGCGAGGGACACCAUGUCCGCCGGCCGCUACAUGCUGCGCUGGGACGUGACACGCCGGCAGGCCGGGCCGCUGACUGCCCGCGACGCCAUCGCCCUGCGCCCCGAGCAGCUGUCUUUCGUCGUCUGGUCUACGGAUGUACUCAUUGAAGGCGUCGGCUGGAUCGAGAUUGUAGCGCAGACGAGCAAGACCCGACCGAUUGAGCGCGCGGCCAUCGUCCCGCCUAACGCGCACGAGGCACGCGCCACCGCCGCUGCACUGUCUGCGUCUCCUCCUCCCCCGGCGGCUGAUGAUGGCGCAACCCAGCUCGACGCCCUCAGCGCGCUGCUCCCCGGCUCGGAGGUCUCGGACCCAUCAGCCUCGCCGCCGACGCGCAGUGUGACCGGCGACGUGAUCCCACACCCUGAGAUCGAGAUCUUCUCGCCUCGGGGACGCGCGUGGUUGCUGGGCGGGCCGAAGCCGGUGAAGGCGGGGGCAAGGAAGUCGAGGCCGAGGAUCAGUAUGGUGUCUGUGAAGCAGCGGCGGGGGAAGGGGACGCCGACGGGUGGGAGGGGUGGUCGAGACUCUUCAACCCCAACACAAACACAGAACAAGCAGCAACAAGCGCCGGCAGCAACCUCGCUCGCCGCCGCCGCCGCCGCCGUUGCCGCCUCCAUUGCUGCUACUUCGGCUAAUGCCGGUGAUUGGGGCGGCUUAUGCACCAUAACAGCACAGCAGCAACAGUGA